AUGACAAACGGCCGAGGCGCCGCCUUGAAUCCUGAGGACGAGCACCCAUUCCAGUUCCAGAGUUUUAAGGAACUGAAGCAGGCAUUUCAGGAGCAGAUGGCGAGAUCAAGAAAACCGAAAGGCGAUGAGUCAGAUUUUAGUGCCGCGCCGAAUUUCCUUAUUUGGAAUAUUCCAAUGAAUUUACUGAUCAGAGCGGCAGAGCUUGUUGGAUCAACUUAUUAUUACUGGGCAUCACUGCUCGACAGUACCAAUGUAGAUUGUGUGCUUUCGGAGGAAAAGCAAUGCGUUCUUAUCGACUCCACACCAUCAAUGUACAGUGGAAGAGAGCGUGCACGCUUUUCUCUUUGUGUGAAAAAUGGAGGAAUAACUUAUCACUCGAUAAAAUGCGCUGCAAACGAGCUAAUAGUGAGCAGUCUUGCUAAGAAGCUAUUCAAGUUCAUCGCUGAAGAAGGGCUGCAUCCAGUGCAGCGUCAGUAUGUCUGGCGCGAAGAGCAGAAUAAUGUUCCAGCUAGGACCACCGUUAGAAAACGUAGAAUUCCCUUUUGA